GGCAGGCGCCCGCUCCUGGUUACCGUGGCAACCGUGAGGAGCCCUAGCCAGUUCCGCUGCUGCGCUGACUUCUGCAGCCCUAGCUGAGAUGCAGCGCUGAGGACCGACAGACGGUGACAGACCCCUAAUUCUUCAUCCCUUCCUCGCUGCUCUGGACCCCGAGAGAACGAGGGAAGGCAUAAGGAUGAAAGAAGCGUGCCUCGGGGCCUCCGGAUGAGAACCUUUGCUGGGAUUCUGGCUGGAAGGUGGAGCCGCCACACUUAGGAUGCAGGCAGCCACAACAGCAGCACCUGUGUCCUGAGGACCAGCCAAUCUGGGCAGGCAAGCUCUCACCGGCGAGGCAGAUGCGGAUGUGAAGCCCCAGUCCAUUAAGGUGACAGAGCCAGGUGGAUCCGCAGCCAUUCCACUGCCCCUCGGGGGUCGUGCCAAGAGCAGGGGAGCAUGGAGGAGAGGAAGCAGGAGACAACCAACCAAGCUCACGGCCUCUUUGACCGCUUUGUCCAGGCCACGACCUGCAAGGGAACCCUCAGGGCCUUCCAGGAGCUCUGUGACCACCUGGAACUGAAGCCCAAAGAUUACCGCUCCUUCUACCCCAAGCUCAAGUCCAAGCUCAACUACUGGAAGGCCAAAGCCCUCUGGGCCAAACUGGACAAGCGGGGCAGUCACAAAGACUACAAAAAGGGAAAAGCGUGCACCAACACAAAGUGUCUCAUCAUUGGAGCUGGCCCCUGUGGUCUCCGCACAGCCAUCGACUUGUCCUUGUUGGGAGCCAAGGUAGUUGUUAUUGAGAAGCGAGAUGCCUUCUCCCGAAACAACGUCUUGCAUCUCUGGCCCUUCACCAUACACGAUCUUCGAGGUCUGGGUGCCAAGAAAUUCUACGGCAAGUUCUGUGCUGGAGCCAUCGACCACAUCAGUAUCCGUCAGCUCCAGCUAAUCCUCUUGAAAGUAGCUUUGAUCUUAGGCAUUGAAAUCCAUGUGAAUGUGGAAUUCCAAGGACUUGUUCAGCCUCCCGAGGACCAAGAGAAUGAACGGAUAGGAUGGAGAGCAUUGGUGCACCCCAAAACUCAUCCUGUAUCAGAAUACGAAUUUGAAGUGAUCAUUGGUGGGGAUGGGCGGAGGAACACCCUGGAAGGAUUUCGUCGGAAAGAAUUUCGUGGCAAGCUAGCCAUUGCCAUCACGGCAAACUUCAUUAACCGAAACACAACCGCAGAGGCCAAAGUAGAGGAGAUCAGUGGUGUGGCUUUUAUAUUCAACCAAAAAUUUUUCCAGGAGCUGAGAGAAGCCACAGGUAUUGAUUUAGAGAACAUCGUCUACUACAAAGAUGACACACACUACUUUGUCAUGACGGCCAAAAAGCAGAGUUUGCUGGACAAAGGGGUGAUACUGCAUGACUACACAGACACGGAGCUGUUGCUUUCCCGGGAGAAUGUGGACCAGGAGGCCCUGCUGAACUACGCCCGGGAGGCUGCAGACUUCUCUACCCAGCAGCAACUGCCUUCUCUGGACUUUGCCAUCAAUCACUACGGGCAGCCUGAUGUGGCCAUGUUUGACUUCACCUGUAUGUACGCCUCUGAAAAUGCAGCCUUGGUACGGGAACAAAAUGGACACCAGUUACUAGUAGCUCUGGUUGGGGACAGCCUCCUGGAGCCUUUCUGGCCAAUGGGAACAGGAAUAGCCCGGGGCUUUCUGGCUGCUAUGGACUCUGCCUGGAUGGUACGAAGCUGGUCUCUGGGCACCAGCCCCUUGGAAGUCCUUGCAGAGAGGGAAAGCAUUUAUAGGUUGUUGCCUCAGACCACCCCUGAGAACGUGAGCAAAAACUUCAGCCAAUAUAGCAUCGACCCUGUCACUAGGUAUCCCAAUAUUAACAUCAACUUCCUCCGGCCAAGUCAGGUGCGCCAUUUAUACGAUAGUGGAGAUACAAAAGAUAUUCAUCUGGAAAUGGAGAACCUGGUGAAUUCCCGAACCACUCCCAAGCUGACUCGGAAUGAGUCUGUAGCUCGUUCAAGCAAACUGCUGGGGUGGUGCCAAAGGCAGACAGAUGGCUAUGCAGGGGUAAAUGUGACAGAUCUCACCACGUCGUGGAAGAGCGGCCUGGCCCUGUGUGCCAUCAUCCACAGAUACCGCCCUGAUCUGAUAGACUUUGAUUCUUUGGACGAGCAGAAUGUGGAGAAGAAUAACCAGCUGGCCUUUGACAUCGCCGAGAAGGAGCUGGGCAUCUCUCCCAUCAUGACAGGCAAGGAGAUGGCUUCGGUGGCCGAGCCCGACAAGCUCUCCAUGGUGAUGUACCUCACGCAGUUCUACGAGAUGUUCAAGGACUCACUCUCCUCCAGCGACACCUUGGACCUGAAUGCAGAGGAGAAAGCCGUCCUGAUAGCCAGCACCAAAUCCCCCAUCUCCUUCCUGAGCAAGCUUGGACAGACCAUCUCUCGGAAGCGUUCUCCCAAGGAUAAAAAGGAAAAGGAUUCAGAUGGGGCUGGAAAGAGGAGAAAAACCAGUCAGUCAGAGGAGGAGGAGCCUCCCCGGAGCUACCGAGGAGAGAGGCCCACCCUGGUGAGCACCCUGACGGACAGGCGAAUGGAUGCUGCCAUUGGGAACCAGAACAAAGUAAAGUAUAUGGCAACCCAGCUGCUGGCGAAGUUCGAAGAGAAUGCGCCUGCACAGUCCACUGGUGUAAGGAGACAGCCGACACAAAAGCGUGGGCUCAGCCAGCCGUCCCGCUGCCUGCCUGCGCAGGGCCACCCUGCUCCCAUCCCCCAGUGGAAACAGCGACAGGAAAAGGAGCGUGCUCGGACCUGCCCCAAAAAAGUGAUCACUCUCUCUCCUCCCCCUACUCCACCUUCCUGCCGGGCUCGAAGCGUUCAGCAGAUGUACAGGGAUCUUCAUGCUGGCAGCCGUGGCAAGCAGAAUCCCCACCAUGAGAGGCCAGAGCCCGAGCCUUCGCGUCGAUUUUUUGUUGACCAGUGGGAGCUCUCGCGUAGUCUCCGCUCCUCCACCCGCCCUGCCUCUCCCUCCUCUGACUCCCUCCGACAGAAGUAUAUAAAGAUGUACACGGGCGGAGUGAGCUCAUUGGCUGAGCAGAUAGCCAAUCAGCUUCAAAGGAAAGAGCAACCCAAAACCCUUCUAGACAAGAAGGAACUGGGCUCCAUCAAGAAAGAGUUCCCACAGAACCUGGGGGGCAGCGACACGUGCUACUUCUGUCAAAAGCGAGUCUACGUGAUGGAGCGGCUGAGCGCCGAGGGCAAGUUCUUCCACCGAAGCUGCUUCAAAUGCGAGUACUGCGCCACCACGCUGCGCCUCUCUGCGUACGCCUAUGACAUAGAGGACGGCAAAUUCUACUGUAAGCCGCACUACUGUUACCGGCUGUCUGGCUACGCGCAAAGGAAGAGGCCAGCCGUGGCUCCUCUGUCUGCAAAGGACGCCAAAGGACCCCUGCAGGAUGCCCCUGCUGCAGAUGCAAAUGGACUGGCCAGCGUGGCCGCCAGCGCAGCUGAGAGAACUCCAGGUUCCAGCAUGAAUGGCCUGGAGGAGCCCAGCAUCGCCAAGAGGCUGAGAGGCACCCCUGAGAGGAUCGAGCUGGAGAACUACCGCCCAUCUGUGAGGCAGGUAGAGGAGCUGGAGGAGGUGCCUGAGGAGACACAGGCCGAGCAUAACCUGAGCAGUGUACUAGACAAGGGCACCGAGGAGGAUGCAGCCAGCAGCAGUUCCGAGUCGGAGAUGGAGGAGGAAGAGGAGGAGGAUGAGGACGAUCAGCUCCCCACCUCUGAUCUGGGCGGGGUUCCCUGGAAGGAGGCAGUAAGGAUUCAUGCCCUUCUGAAGGGAAGAAGUGAAGAGGAGCUAGAGGCCUCCAAGAACUUCGAGCCUGAGGAAGAGGAGGAAGAAGAGGAAUAUGAAGAGGAAGAGGAGGAGGAAGAAUAUGACGAAGAGGAAGAGGAGGAGUCCAGUGAAGAAGGGGAGUAUUGCCCCUGGGACAGAGAACAACUGCAAGGCCAGUGGCUCCAGCAUCUCUCAAAAGAAGAAGAAAUGGGUACAAGUGAAGCCGGGACCAACAGGCUGCAGCAGAUCAUAACGGCAGCGGAUCCCUUGGCGAUCCAGGCUGAUGUGCACUGGACACACAUCCGUGAGAGAGAGGCGGAGGAGAGGAUGCUCCCAACCUCUGAGUCCUCCACUUCUAGAGUGACCGGCCUUCCCUCCGUACGCCGUGCAGCAGUACAGGCCUGGCUGGAGACGGUCUCCGGAGCCCCUCUGGAUGAGAAUGACCUAGAAGAGGACGCGGACUCUGAGCCCGCCGAGACGGAAGGGGAGGCUGCAGAGGAUGGGGACCCUGGAGACACUGGUGCUGAGCUGGAUGAUCAGCACUGGUCUGACGACAUCCCUUCCGACGCCGAAACCGAACUCCGCUUACAGCGUCAGGCCAAGGUGAAAGCCGAGCUGGAGCUGAGAGUGUCAGAGAACGAGGAGGAGAAGCCGCCUGCUACACCAAAGCCAGAGGAGAGAGGUCCUCCCCAAGUCUCCAGCCCCAGCCAGUCACCUCAGAAACAAGAUGUUCUGUUCUCCCCAGCCCACAGCCCUGGGGCAGAGGGGGCCCAGACCCCUCUUGUCUCUGUCGCCACCAAGACGCAGUCCCCCGAGGAGCGCCUCCUCCCUGCGCCUCUGCUCCCCAGAGAGAAGCCCAAAGCUGAAGCCCCCACAGAUCAGAAAACCGCACCCUCGCCCAUCCGAUCACAGCCUGUGGCCCUGCCGGAAGCCAGGACGCCUACCUCACCCACCAGCUUACAGCCAGAGUCUCUGCUGGCCCCUCCGACACCUCCCUCCGCCCAGCUCCCCAUCUGUUCCCAACCUCAGCCUUCCUCGGACGCCUCCAUACCAUCGCCCACCGAGUCCCCCAUACGCUUCCAGCCGGUUCCAGCCAAAACAUCCACGCCCCUGACCCCACUCCCUGUGAAGAGCCAAGGAGACCCCAAAGACAGACUAAGUGGCCCCCUGGCUGUGGAGGAGGCCCUGAAGCGGAGUGAUCUGGUAGAGGAGUUCUGGAUGAAGAGCGCCGAGAUCCGCCGCAGCCUGGGCCUCACCCCUGUGGACCGGAGCAAGGGGUCAGAGCCCAGCCUCCCCUCCCCUGCCUUGAAGCCAAUAUCCCUAAAGUCCUACUCGGUUGACAAGUCCCCUCAGGAAGAGGGUCUCUGCCUUCUGAAACCUCCAUCUGUUCCUAAAAGGUUGGGCCUGCCAAAGUCAGCUGGUGACCAGCCCCCACUGCUCACCCCAAAGUCGCCCUCGGACCGGGAGCUGAGGAGCAACCAGGAGGAGCGGAGGGACCUCUCCAGCAGCUCCGGCCUGGGCCUGCAUGGCAGCUCCUCCAACAUGAAGACCUUGGGCAGCCAGAGCUUCAACACCUCGGACUCCACCAUGCUCACUCCGCCUUCUAGCCCACCCCCACCCCCACCUCCCAACGAGGAGCCUGCAACCCUGCGAAGGAAACCCCAUCAGACUUUUGAGCACAGGGAGGCCUCGAUUAUCCCCCCUCCCCCUCCUGCCCCAUUCAUGCGGCCCCCAAGGGAGCCAACCCAGCCCCCCAGAGAGGAGGUUCGGAAGUCCUUUGUGGAGAGUGUAGACGAGAUCCCCUUUGCUGAUGAUGUGGAGGACACUUACGAUGAUAAGACUGAGGACUCCAGUCUGCAGGAGAAGUUCUUCACACCCCCUUCCUGCUGGUCCCAGUCAGAGAAGCUCCUGGCCAAGGAGAAUGGGCGGCUCCCUCCCCCGGAUCGAGAUGUGCAGCCACAGAAAAGGGGACUGCCUCUGGUCUCCGCAGAAGCCAAGGAGCUGGCUGAGGAGCGCAUGCGAGCCCGGGAGAAGUCGGUGAAGAGCCAAGCACUUCGAGAUGCCAUGGCCAAGCAGCUGAGCAGGAUGCAGGCCAUGGAGAUGGCAGCCUCCAGGUCCCGCACAGCGCCAUCCCAGGGCAAGGAACUAGAGUCCACCAAGCGCUCAGGCCUCCGAGCCUCCCAGGAGCCCACUCUGAAGCAUGAAGCUACUAGUGAGGAGAUCCUCUCCCCUCCAUCAGACUCAGGAGGCCCUGAUGGCUCUGUCACCUCGUCUGAGGGCUCUAGUGGGAAGAGCAAAAAGAGGUCAUCCCUCUUCUCCCCGCGCAGGAACAAGAAAGAGAAGAAACCCAAAGGAGAAGGCCGACCCCCAGAGAAACCCAGCCCAGGCCUCCCAGAGGAAGGGGCUGCUAAGCCCAAGUCCCUGUGGAAGUCAGUCUUUUCUGGAUACAAGAAGGACAAAAAGAAGAAGAGUGAUGAGAAGUCCUGCUCCAGUACCCCGUCCAGCGGUGCCACAGUGGACUCCGGCCAGCGCAGGGCAUCUCCGAUCGUGAGAACAGAUCUGCAGCUCCGACGCCAGCUGAGUUUCUCAGAGGACUCAGACCUGUCCAGCGACGACAUCCUUGAAAGGUCUUCCCAGAAGUCCAAGCGAGAGUCGGUUUAUGUACCACACGCCUUGGCAUUCAGGAGAGCCUACUCAUCAAAGCCCAGAACCUACACAGAGGAGGAGCUGAGUGCCAAGCUGACCCGGCGUGUGCAGAAGGCAGCCCGGAGACAGGCCAAGCAGGAGGAGCUGAAGCGUUUGCACCGAGCCCAGAUCAUCCAGCGGCAACUGGAGCAGGUGGAGGAGAAGCAGAGGCAGCUGGAGGAGAGGGGCGUGGCCGUGGAGAAGGCUCUGCGAGGAGAAGCAGACUAUUGGGGAGAGUCUAAUUACAGUGGCCUCAUCGACUUGCACCUGGGUGGCAUGGGCAAAAAGGAUGACCCCAAGCUGAUGCAGGAGUGGUUCAAGCUGGUGCAGGAGAAGAACGCCAUGGUGCGCUACGAGUCGGAGCUGAUGAUCUUUGCCCGGGAGCUGGAGCUGGAAGACCGCCAGAGCCGGCUGCAGCAGGAGCUGCGAGAGCGUAUGGCCGUGGAAGAUCACCUGAAGACCGAGGAGGAGCUGUCCGAGGAGAAGAAGAUCCUGAACGAGAUGCUGGAGGUGGUGGAGCAGAGAGACUCGCUGGUGGUCCUGCUGGAAGAGCAGCGGCUGCGGGAGAAAGAGGAGGACAAGGACCUGGAGGCCGCCAUGCUAUGCAAGGGCUUCAGCCUGGACUGGUCCUGAGCCUGGCCACCGUGUGCGUUGAUCGGCACCCACCUGACCCGGCUGCGUCCUCCCAGACCACCGGAUCCAGGUUCAGAAGAGGCCUGGCAUCCCUGGAAGGCGGCACACAGACACCUGUGCUGUGGGGAAACCCCAGGGGAGGGCCAUCAUCCGAGGUGACUCCAUCACCUGGGGGAGGCCCCGCCCGGACUUCCCAUUCAGGAGGGAGGAGAUGGGUGUGUUUGAGGCGUGCCCCGGGGGGGAAACUCCUGCGGGGUCCCCUGGGCUUGCUGUCCGGCACCUCUCCCUUCCUUCUGCUGGAGAGAGAGGCAGGUGGCUCCUCUUCAGAACCACAGCCACCACAGAGCACCUGAAGAACAGAGCAGCCUUUGCCCUCCUGCCCCCCGAAGCACCACCAAAGAAAGUCCAGCGGCGGCGGCAUCUUCGGAAAGGGCUGUGGAUGAAGGAGAUCCGCAGGGAGCGACCCCCAUGGGGAUGAUGCCUACCCUGCCCUGGCCGGGGAAGCCAGACAGUAGGCAGGUUCAUUAUGCAAGUUAGGAGGGCGCAGGAGGGGUCUGUCCCCAGCCCCACCACACACUGGAUUCCCAGUGGCCAAGUGUGCCCCAGGCCUCUCGCAUGGGCAGUGGCCUGAGGCCCGUGGAUUGCUGUGUUUUGCUUUUAGUUCACAACCAUUUUGACACUGGAAAGUAUUGACUUGGGGAGAGAGCUGAGGGAAGCCCUACGUGCCAGCCUCCCCUCCCGCCACUGACAGGCAGGCGCCAUCCCUGGUCAGCACCCACAUCAGUACAGGAGAUGGCGCUCCCUGGCAUUUUCCUGUGUUUGCACAUUGAGACAAGACUGACAACCUGGCCAGACACUCGGCCACUUCGGACCCUUUUUUGUCAAUUAACUUAUUUUUUUAAUACUUGAAAGUAAGCAACUUCAUUUUUAUACCUUUACUAAAGACACUGAUUGCCUGUCACCUGCGUGUAGGAGUGACUGGGAGGUCUUUGUAUAUCCCAUGCAGCCUGAUGCAAAGCUGACCUGAUUCUUGUUACAUGCAUCUAUUUAUUAGCCUUCUGAAUAGUGUUACUGACCUGGUCGGCACCAGGGAGCAACUCAAAGCCCUGUGGGUCCUUGCUCACAGCUUUUCUGUCCCCUCCCCCACCCAGCACCCUGUCCCUGCUGGCACUGGACUUCUACAAGGGAACCGCCUCUCUAUGAGGAUGCAUUUCGGCACCAGGCCUGAAGACAGACAGGCUGCUGUGGGCCAUGCUGUUCGGAUCGUGGCACUGUGGAACCCACUCUGUCCAGUUUUGCAGCCCAGGUUUUACCUCCUGUACAUACGUUAACGGUUGAGGGUAGCCCCUCUUCACUCUUGCUGGGACCAAGUCGAGUGUGACCUUGUCCUUGGACUGGCAGAUGACAGUGCCGUGGUCCAGCUAGACUGGAGUGUGUGCUGUGCUGGUCUCCCCUCAACACACUGGCCACUCCAGUCUUCCCUGCCUGUACUAGGAUUUUCUUGGCCUGGCAAGAGCCAAUAAGCACCAUGUAACCAGCCCCAUAAGCCAAGCUGUUCAUUUCUCGGGGUUCACCCAGAGACCGGUGAUGGGGGGCCAGGGUGCUUCUCUUUCACAACAGCAGCGCAUGGACCAGUGCAUUGGUGCCACACCAAUCUGGAAAAGGGCAUGCCAGCUCGGCCUGGUGGGAGGGGCCGGUGCAGAAAACAUGGCGUCCCUGGCAGCCUUCAAGGCUCCAAAGGGCGACACAGCCAAGGGCCCACACUCACCCUGGACUUCCUGUGGGAACCACCGUGUGCCUCAACUUGAACAUCCAUCUAGCUCCAGAGGAGCAAACUGCUAGCUCACUCUUCACCUUGUGCGGAAGCUGCCAUCUCUCCUGUGGAAAUACAGAUGUGCUGCUAGCAACCACCACAGCUCUGACGUCAUCACCUCCUGGUCUCUGCCACGGCAGUUACUGCUGUCUUUAUUCUCUGUCUGAAACGGGGAGAGGAGGAUGUUCUGGAUUCCAUUGUUCAACCACAAUCUGCCCAUCGGACUGGACUUUGAACAGGACCUUUAUGGCCUGCGUGGCCUUCUCCUUCACCCUGUCCGCCUCCCCAGUGCCAGCGGCAAUCCCGGGAAGGCCAGCCCUGUCAUUCCUGCUAGCCCAGAAGAAGGAGACCAUUUCCAGAGUGACUCAAGAAGGACCCAGGGGCACACUGCGCCUCCAGUGGCCUCACAGAGCACCGGGUGUUCCCUCCCACCUCUGUCCUGAUCAGCCACGACCUUGUUGAUCUUUCCAAAGCACACGCUGCUUCCUGCAGUCACCAGAAGCGGGGCAGAAAUCCACCAGCCUGGGAGACAUUCCCCCAGCUCUCCAGCUGUGACAGCAUGAAGACGUGGGGUUUUUUUUCGUAGAGCACUUUUUUUCUGGCUCCCAGUUUUUAACCACUAGUUUGCAGUUGAUUUCAGUGGUCCGGGGACAUGUGUUCUCCACCUCUGGAAAUGCAUGCAGGUCUAGUCAGAUGUUCUUCCCAAGGGACUAUGUCUUCACGUGAAGGCAGGGAAGAGAGGGAUGUAUACACACUUCGUACAUGCAUAAGAUGCUAGAGCGCAUUUGAGUAAGCUAAGUACAGUCAGUGCAUUGAGGCACCAGGCUCUACCCCUGAAGGGCAAGCAGAAGGCAGCCCCCUGCUCCCCAGCAAGAGCCGGGCCAGAACCCCAGGUUCUAACCCAGCUCAGGUGAUAUCUUUGGGCAUUUCCCCCCAGCAGCCAUCCUUAAGAUAAUUUUGACCAGCAACUGUAGACUUUAAAAGAUAAGACAUUUUUCACUGGGACAGGAGAAGAAACGAGUUGGGGCGGGAGCAGCAAGUAUCAGGGGCUGGACUGUAGCCCAGUGGUAGGAUGUGUGCUUAGCGUGCAUAAGGCCCACGGUUCAAUCCCCAGUACCACAUUUAAAAAAAAAGCUUUUUCUGAGAGAUGGUAACAUGACCCACAGAGGAAAUGGUCUGUUUUAUGCGCAAUAAAGUUUUUUU